AUGAAGUUGUCCGGCAUAGCAAAACUUCCAGCAACUGGCAUGGAAUCGUUCUGUGUUUACCAUGGACCUUUAAGAAUGGACAUGAUUCAGCCUGCGAGGAAGAAGUUUCUGGCUUUCUGGCAUGAAGCAGGUAACGUAGACCUCGUCAAAUACCUCGAAGAAUUCUGGUCGGGGGCUCUUAGCAGUUGGAAUUUGGACUUCCUAGCAAUUGGACUGACUGGAAGAUACUGGGAUGCUUGUUUGCUGCCCUCUACAGACGAAGAAGUCUCAAGUGGAAGACCAGAUGGAUACCUCAGAGCUCUGACGAUGCGAAGAGCGGAACCGUAG